UUAGUGUGUGUGUAUUUUGUUAAUGCCACAUCCUGGUCUUUCUGUAACUCUAAGAGCCCUGACACAUAUUUCCUUUUUUUUUUCUUCUUCUUCUUCUUCUUUGCUUACACAAACGCCCGUCCCACAAGAGAUGGCUGGCUGCAGGGAGUUUUUCAGGGAGCGUCUGCAACAGAUAAGAUGACAGCAAAGCUGUAUCAGUUUUAUUUGCUUAAUGAGCACAUGAAGAGCAUCUGAAAGGAUUCGUUUUGGCAGGAAAGUCUUUUAGUUUGUUGCAGAAAUGAGAGAUCGAACGUUUCUGACCCUCACUGCUGUGACUGUGCUACUUCUAAUCUUUUUCCUGACUGCAUUUGAUGCCCGGCAGAAGGCGCAAAAUGUUCUCCGGUUCAAUGAAAUUCUCACAAAAUUCACAACAGGCACCGUUAAAGCCGCACCAAAGUGCAUCCUCUCCGCAGUUUGUCCCCCGGACCACUUUCCUUUUAAAAUUCAGAGUGGAGUUGCUAAUGUCAUUGGGCCAAAAAUCUGCUUCAAUGGUAAAAACAUUAUGAGUCACGUUUUGAACAACGUGGGACCAGGACUGAACAUUGUGGUGGUAAAUGGUGAGAAUGGAGUUGUAGAAAAGUUUGGCUAUCUUAAUAUGAUCAGUGGAAACUCGGCAGACAUCCUGGCAUACUUGAAGAUGAUAAAACCUGGCAUGAUUGUUCUGGUGGCCUCCUUUGAUACUGCAGCAACAAAGAUGACAGAUGAAAUAAGGCAGAUAUUUGUCGAGAUGGGAAGCACUUUGAUCGGCUCUGUUAAACACAGAGACAACUGGGUGUUCGCGGGAAGAGCAGGGAUCAAAAUCAAAAGCUUCUUUGAGCAGCGAGCUGAGAAUGAUAAGAGAACGAACCCUUUUGAUGGAUGGCCAGAGAUGGUGGAAGUGGGCGGCUGUUUCCCAAGAACCGUGGGUGUCUAAAAGCCAAACGUCGUGGAGGUUUUCCUCCAUGGAUGAAGAUUUCUUCCCAAAAGACGUGAAACUAUUGAAAGUAUUUAAUUUAGCUGAAUUAAACGGAACACUCCAAAUGUACGGUAACCUUUCAAUACUUGGAUGUUCCCACAGCGGACAGCUGAAGUAUUAUUGAACUGAAUUCAGAAAUUAUUUGUUUCUGUAUCUCCGUUGAUAGUAUACUUACACAAAAGUCCCUUUAAUGGACUCUAGCAUAUCGCUCUAGCUCCGUGACAAAAACUUUAUUAAAAGAAAUGAAGCCGUUGAACAGACCUGCUGGACACCUGGUGAAUGGUGAAACAAAACUGCUAUUAACCUAAAUCAGCAAAUAAUAACUAAUAUAAUUGUCAAAAUGUUUAACUACUGAUUUUUUGUUUGGAGGAUUAGAAUAAGUCACCUGACCUUAUUGGCCACUGAGAGAAAUUGGUCAAUGUGUCUAAAUGUAAAGGUAAUUUAAAAUUGCUAGCUUUAGGAUGCCUUUAGUUUUGCAAUAUAUGGAUACUAUUUCCAGAAAGGAAGAAACUAAUGCUGUAUAGAAUAUUUUGCUAUAGCUAAAUUAAGUAUCUUUUUUUCAAUAGGUUGCAAACGAUUUGCUUUUCCAUCAUUUUGAUGCCAUUUGCUAUAAAAAUCAAAUGUCCAAUCGAAGAAAAUCCAUUAAACCUAUACAGAAAAUGCUGGUUUAAAUAAUAAAUAAAUAAAUAAUUUCCCAUAGUAUACUAUAAAAACAAGCUCUUGUUUCAAAUAGA